AUGUCUUUAACAUUAGAACUAUAUAAAAAGAAUAAGAUUGUAUUUGAUAAAGAGAGGAAUCUUGUGUUUCAAUCAAUUAUCAAUCAUAAUCAUGAUGAGAAGUAUAUAAUAUGUAGAUUGGAAAUAUCUUAUGAUGUUGAUUGUCCUGAUCUACCAGAGACAUCAGAUGUCAACAAUGACAAUGACAAUGAUGACGAUAUCGAUGAUGAUAACGAUGAUGAUAGUGAACCUAAAUCACUUUAUACUCAAUUCUUAAACAAUCGAUACGAGAGGAUGUCACCAAGAUAUGUGUUGGUGUCCACUGCACUGCCCUAUCACAGUCACAUCAUGUCAUGGUACGAAUCACAUCUCGAGUCACUUGCUAAAUACUUUAAUCAGAGCAGUGGAGGCACAUUGAAACUCAGGUACAAGGCCAAGUGUCUGGGUGGCGGCAUCAUGACCAUCAAUCAUUCUCAAAAGACACUCAAGACAUAUGGCACCAGCUAUGGCUACGGUGCGCCCGACAUCAACACUGUUCGAGAGAUCCUGAAUCGUACCAAUCAGUGUAACUACCUACUCGAUGUCACAAUCACCGAUGAAAUAAGAGGAUAA